AUGCCCGCACAGCUCUCAGACUUCGUACCACCCGGCAACGGCAACGGCGACGACAUUGGAGACGGCGACUUGUCCGAUGCAAGCAGCAGCGGCCUGAGCUCUCUCGGCUCCCUCUUCCCAGAUAAAGAAGGCGAUGGCGGCGCGCAGUGCCCCUGGUGCGGCGCCACAGUCGACAUGAAGCUACUAAAGGACUUUUCAAACGGUAAACGCCUCAACGUCCGACUCCAAACAAAGUUCUGCGAAGAGCACAGGAAGAAAUCAGCAAUGGCAACGUGGGAAUCAAAAGCCUACCCCGAAGUAGAAUGGUCCACCCUCGAAUCCCGUUUCAAGAAACACCAAACCCACCUCCUCGACAUCAUCAACGGCGAAGAGUCCUUCUACCGCACCCGCCUCGCAGCGAAGAUCGAGCAGGGCCAAGGACGAUCCAUGAAGAAGGAGGAGAACCUCAACCCCGGGUACUACGGCCCCCGCGGGUUCAACAUGAUGUGCGACUACCUCGUCAAGGAGUAUAGCGACAUGCUCAAGAAGAAGGCCGUCCACGACAAGGUGAUUGCAGGGAGGGGCUCGGCGGCAUUUAUCCAGGCCGUGCUGGUGGCUGAGCUGGGCGUGCAGCUCAUCAUGGAGGACAUGCUCGUCUCGCCGGAAGAAGCUAGGCAUAUACUGGAGGAGAGCAAACCGAUAGGAGACCUCGUGCACGCAGACAACUGGUUGUGA